AUGUCAAGCGCUCGCCAGCUUACUCAUGACGAUCCUGCCGGGAGCUUGGGUACCAGAUUCGAAAAACAUGGUUACUCCUAUACUUGUGCUGGUGAAAACGUAGCAGAAGCAAACAUUCUCAACAAAGAAUUCAAGGAUUGUGGUUUUGGUCGUGUUGGAAAUUACUGGACCCAAGACUUUGGUGCUACUAAUGAAGAUCCACCAGUUAAACAUCCUAAACUCAUUAAAGUUAUUCACCAUGAGCCUCCUAAGCAUGAUGUUCCUAUUGCUAAACCCAAGCCUACUUGUACUAAAAAGCUUUAA